CCAGCAAUCUGUAUGCAGUUAUCAGACUGCUCUCUAAGCUUAUAAUAUACGAAGGUGCUCUCAAAUAGAAUUUUUUUGUUUCAUUAAGAAAAAAUAACAUAAUAACAAUGAAAGUUACUCUUUUGUUGUUACUUAUUUCAUUUGCUUGUGCUCAAGACACCUCUUUAGAUACCAAAGCUGCUCCAGUACCACACCAACAAAUUUCUAAAACCUGCUUCGGAUGUAUCUGUGAAGCUGCUUCAGGAUGUGACACACAAUCUGGUUGUGUUGGAGAUGUUUGUGGUCCUUUCCGUAUAACAUGGGGUUAUUGGAGUGACAGCGGAAAACCUACUCUUAACGGCGAAUCCGCCGAUGCUCAAGGCGCUUGGACGCGGUGUGUCAAUGAUCCUUUCUGUGCCGCCGAUGCAGUUCAAGGGUAUAUGGAUAGGUUUGCUCAGGACUGUAAUGGCGAUGGAGUAAUAAACUGUGAUGAUUAUGCACGAAUCCAUUAUCUUGGUGGAUAUGGGUGUAGUGGACCACUUCCUUUAAAAUACGACAAUGCCUACAAAACUUGUAUGGCACACUUUAAUCAUUAAUUUUAAUGACAGUAUAUUUUAACUACAUAUAAAAUUUUUGUUUUUUUUUUAUUCCUUGAAAACAUGACACUAUCUUCGAUGAAAGAUUAAUUUUAAUUUUUGAAAAAAUAAAUGGAUUUUACUAAAUA